AUGGUAGAUCAGUUCACUAAAUGGAUUGAGUGUGUGCCACUACCGUCCCAGACGGCAGAGAACACCGCCCGAGCAGCACUCGAUGGGUUCUUCACCAGGUUCGGGUAUCCGUUUGAAAUCUUCACCGAUCAGGGCAGGAAUUUUGAAAGUGACUUGUUUACGAAGCUCUGCGAAUUGAUGCACAUCCACAAGGCCCGUACUACCGCCUACAGGCCGUCGGCGAAUGGGCAGGUGGAAAGGUAUAACAGAACCAUCAUGGAUGCAUUGCGGUGUUAUGCCAGUUCCCAACAUGACAGCUGGGACACCUAUAUCCAACACAUAGCAGGGGCCAUCAGGUCUAGUGUGAACCGACAGACGGGGUUCACGCCCAACAAGUUAAUGCUCGGUUGGGAAACCAACCAGCCAAUAGAUUUAAUGUACCCCCGGGAGGUGCAACUUCAAUCAGAUGCAGUACCUUACCUAGCAAAUUUGCAGAAGGAAAUUGAGAAGGCGCAUGGACUGGCACGGAAGUCUCUAUCCACGAACCAGGAACGAAUGAAGAGAGAUUAUGACCUACGGGCACGGCUACAGGUCUAUGAGAAAGGGGACCUGGUUUACCUGCUAGACACGGCACAGGUGAAGGGGCAGUGCCGGAAGCUAUCACCGCAGUGGAAGGGCCCAGGCGUCAUCAUCCACAAGUUCUCAUCUUGUUUAUUUAGGGUCAAGCUCCAGAAUGACAACAUCACAGCAAAUCAUGAUAAACUAAAGAAGUGCAAGGACCGUACAUGCCCGGGCUGGAUUGAGAAGUUUAAACAUCAUAUGUCACAGGUUCAGGACCCAGUGGGAGGGCCUAUAAGGACCUUUACUGUGUGUGUCGGCAACCAUACGAUGGAAAGUUUAUGGUGCAAUGCGAUAUGUGCGCGGAAUGGUUCCAUGGGGUCUGCGUGGGAGUGA